AUGGUGUCAAAAAUAAGCAGAGGUCGUCAAAAGAUUCCUCUUUACAAGAUCGAGAAUAAUGGUAGGCGUUCUGUAACUUUUUCGAUACGUAAAUUUGGAAUUUUAAAGAAAUCAAGUGAGCUUUCUACUUUAUGUGGAUCGAACAUGGCACUAAUCUUGUUUAGUGAAAGCGGAAGAGCAUACUCUUUUGGUAAUCCUAAUACAAAUGUGAAUUUUGAUCGAUUUAUGGGCGUUGUUCCCGAAAGGGUGUUUGAUUCAACAUUCCAUGAACUCCUCGAGGCUCAAAAGGCUCCACAUGUUCGAUAUAUGGAAGCUCAAAUAAUGGAGGCUGAAAAGACACUCGCUCAAGAGAAACAUGUGGGAAAAACAUUGUCACUAGAGAUGACCGAACAUGCUAAGGGGAAGUGGUGGGAGCAACCAAUUGAAGAGAUGAACUCAUUGCAAUUAAAAUGGAGGAAGCGUGAGAUGGAGGAACUAAAGAUGGUCUUUGAACAAGAGAAGGAGUUGAAGAUGGCGAUAGAAAAUCAAAAUCCUUUUGAAGGAGGAAAAGCUUUCUCUUAUGAAAAUCCUAAUGUAUAUGCCAUAUUGGAUCAAUUCAUGCAUGCCAAUUCUCAGAGAGCACUUGACUCAGCGUCUCAUGAAUUUCUUGAGGCACAAAAGAUUUCACGUGUUCGAGAGAUGGAUGCUCGAAUAAAAGAGGCAGGAAAUAAUUUCAAACUUGAGCAAGAAAGGCAAAAAAUGUUGUUAUUGGAGAUGGCUAACCAUGCUAAGAAAAGGUGGUGGGAGCAAUCUGUCCCGGAAAUGAGCUUAAACCAGUUACAUUUGAGGAAUGAUUGGAUGGUAGAGCUUAAAAUGUUUUAUUAA